UUACAUUUAAGAGCAAUCUAAUUAAUUCAAGCACAGUGUGGGGAGGCAGCGAGGAGACAAGAUCGGUAACUUGGACCAUAAGGAUCCACGGACUGAUCAUUUACUUUCCGCUGGUCACAAAUCCACCUGUUCAAAAAAUGUUGAGACUGACAGUCGGCCUCGCUGUGGUGACCCUGGUUAUUUGCUCGCAGUGCCCCAAUAAUGAAGUGUGUGAAGCAGGCCAGUCCUGCUGCCAGGAUCCCACUGGUGGCUUCAGCUGCUGCCCUUUCCAUCACGGAGAGUGUUGCGAGGACCAUCUGCACUGCUGUCCUGAAGGCAUGUUGUGCAGUGUUAAGGACUUAACAUGUACAAAUGCAACACAUACACAGCCAUUUGCGGACAGGACACAAGCUAAAAAGCCAGACCUUCCCAAAUCAUUCAGAAUGAUCUUCUCAAUGCCGGCAAGUGAAAGCGACAUCAGCUGCCCUGACGGCUCCUCCUGUCCUGCUGAGUUCUCCUGUCUGCUGAUGUCUACAUCAUACGGUUGCUGUCCAGUAGCACAGGGCCUUGCAUGUUCGGAUGGGAAACACUGCUGCCCAAAUGAUUAUGAAUGCAGUACUGACAGCAGCUUGUGUGUCAAACGAAAAGUAAAAGUUCAGACUGUUCUUUGUGGAAACGGGACAACGGAGUGUCCUGAAGACACUACAUGUUGUCUGGCUGAAGAUGGCCAAUGGGGGUGCUGCCCCAUGCCAAAGGCUGUAUGCUGUGAUGACAAAGUCCACUGCUGCCCAGAGGACACUGUGUGUGACAUCAAGGCCUUGAAAUGCGUAUCUUCCACCAACCAGGAGCUGCCCAUGUGGGACAAAUUCCCUGCUCGCCUUAGGGCUGACUGGGAAGAUCACAAACAAAAAAAGCCUGAAACUCAACGCACUACAACUAGCCCUACAGGCACUACAAGCACUACUACUGCCACCGACCAAAUGACUACGCUGCCUGCCGAACAACAAGGGGCCUCUUCAGUGUCUACAGAUGUUCCCUGUAACGACACUGCGGCCUGUCCUGAUGAAACCACAUGCUGUAAGACUAAAGAUGGAGGAUGGGCCUGCUGUCCUCUGCCGGAGGCUGUGUGUUGUGAAGACUUCAUCCACUGCUGUCCUCAUGGUAAGAAAUGUGACGUAGCUGCGGGGUCCUGUGAUGACCCUUCAGGCUCUGUGCCCUGGGUGGAGAAGGUUCCCGUCCGUCCAAUCAGAAAACAGAAAGUGGCUGCUACACAAGUCUCUUCAGUGUCUACAGAUGUUCCCUGUAACGACACUGCGGCCUGUCCUGAUGAAACCACAUGCUGUAAGACUAAAGAUGGAGGAUGGGCCUGCUGUCCUCUGCCUGAGGCUGUGUGUUGUGAAGACUUCGUCCACUGCUGUCCUCAUGGCAAGAAAUGUAAUUUAGCUGCGGCGUCCUGUGAUGACCCUUCAGGCUCUGUGCCCUGGGUGGAGAAGGUGCCCGUUCGUCCAAUCAAAAAACAGAAAGCGGCGGUUACACAAGUCUCUUCAGUGUCUACAGAUGUUCCCUGUAAUGACACUGCGGCCUGUCCUGAUGAAACCACAUGCUGUAAGACUAAAGAUGGAGGAUGGGCCUGCUGUCCUCUGCCUGAGGCUGUGUGUUGUGAAGACUUCAUCCACUGCUGUCCUCAUGGUAAGAAAUGUGACGUAGCUGCGGGGUCCUGUGAUGACCCUUCAGGCUCUGUGCCCUGGGUGGAGAAGGUGCCCGUCCAUCCAAUCAGAAAACAGAAAGUGGCUGCUACAAAAGCCUCUUCAGUGUCUACAGAUGUUCCAUGUAACGACACUACAGCCUGUCCUGAUGAAACCACGUGCUGUAAGACUAAAGAUGGAGGAUGGGCCUGCUGUCCUCUGCCUGAGGCUGUGUGUUGUGAAGACUUCACCCACUGCUGUCCUCAUGGUAAGAAAUGUAAUAUAGCUGCGGAGUCCUGUGAUGACCCUUCAGGCUCUGUGCCCUGGGUGAAGAAGGUGCCUGUCCAUCUUAGAGCAGGUCAGAGGCCAUCUGGGAAAGUGAAUUGCAACGCUACUCACGGUUGUCCUGAAUCCAGUACUUGCUGUAAGAACAUUGCUGGAGAAUGGGGCUGCUGUCCUUUCUCUCAGGCUGUGUGUUGUGGGGACGGAUUCCACUGCUGUCCUCAAGGCACCUCUUGUGACUUUGUAACAUUAACCUGUAAAAGCAACGGCACAUCUGUGCCAAUGUCUGUCCUUAUCCCAGCCUCCGCUAAAGAGGAACAGAAAAAGCAUGAGGAAGUGAAAGUGACAGUGGGGAAAUACGAUAACAGGGUUCCAUGUGAUGCUCAAACAUCCUGUCCAGAAUACACCACUUGCUGUCUUAUUGCAAAAACCAACAAAUGGGGCUGUUGUCCACUGCCUAAUGCUGUAUGUUGCACAGAUGGAGAGCACUGCUGCCCGGCUCACUAUAAGUGUAACAUGAGCAGUGUGUCUUGUAUUAAGGGAGAUGUGGUGAUCCCCUGGUACAAUAAAAUCGCAGCUGAAAGCACACCAGCUCCAAGGUUGGAUCUCGGCGCUGUUAAAUGCGAUGAACAGUCGAGUUGCUCUGCAGAUUCGACCUGCUGCCUUUUGUCUAAAGGAGAAACGGGCUGCUGCCCUUUUCCUGAGGCUGUUUGCUGCCCAGACCAGAAGCACUGCUGUCCUGAGGGCUACAAAUGUGACCUGCACAGACGCUCCUGUGUAAAGACCACUUGGCUGUACGUGGAAAUAAUUCAACUCACUCACAUCCGCAGCAACAAACCACAGCCGAGUGUUACAGUGAAGGACGUUCAGUGUGGUGGUGGAUUCAGCUGUAAUGAUGGUGAGACCUGCUGUCCAACUUCACAAACCACAUGGGGAUGUUGCCCGUCUCCAAAGGCGGUGUGCUGUGAUGACAUGCAACACUGCUGUCCCACGGGGUAUAAAUGUGGGCCGGGUGGCACCUGUAUUUCAGCCGGAGACUUGGACUGGAGCAACUGGGUCAACUGGAAGUUGUUCUUCUCCAAAAAUAAACGAGCCAUAAGUCUAUAAUACAACACAGAUUAUUCCCACUCAGACACUUACAUGCUCAAGUGUCUGAUGUUUUUUCCACAUUUUACAUUCCUCAAUGUACUAAUCAGUGAUAAUCAGAUGAUUAAUUGCACAAGGUUGAAUUUAUUUGCAGAAGAAAAUGUUUCAUAAGGACUGAUUUUGGUAAGUUUCCAUUGCCUAAAAGUUAAUACUAACUACGCUUUAGCCAUUUGAACCUUUGAAGUAUGUGUCAUUUUUGUAAAGUGUGUUCAUAAAAUGACCAGCGUUACUGCUUAGCGCUGUCUGAGGAUUCAUUUAAUUCUGAAAUGGUGUAAAGAUGUAACGUAUUGAAGCAUAGAUGACCUCUAGUGGCAGAUCUGUCAUAAUAACUCGCAUGUGGAAAUGUCAGGUUUAAAGGUUACAUUAUUUCAGACAUCACGCAGUCUUGUGAUUAUGACUAGAUCACCCUUGACAAGGAAAUGUAUUAAAUGAAAAUCUACCAUAUCCUCUUUGUAAUUUCCCUUGGUCUUUACUCUAGUGUGUGUGCGUAACUUUUUUUUCUUCAUUGAUUUGAAUGGCUUUUAAUAGUUAUAUUGAUUGAUCUUGGUGAAAGAUAACUUAAAGAUUUCUCAGCAUUUCUGUACUGGAUAUUUUCCACAACAGAUCUGAAUCCUUGUCAGCUGAAAUGGAGAAAUAAAAAGAGAAAUGCUUGUGUA